AUUUUUGUCCCUCGCUAACUCUAGCGAAGCUUUUUGCCUGUUUUCCUCCUAAAACGUUCCGUCUCGGCUUCCCUUGGCCCUUGGGGCUUCGGUGGGUUGGCGGUCCCUGAGUUUCGUGUCUGGGGCAAAUCGCUAACAGUAUGCAUACCAAGCAAACUGCCCCAGACUAAGAAGUUGUUCGCGGGACACGAGGAAAUACGUACACAAAGUGAACAUUCCUACAAUCUCACGUCUCACGCUCAGCCUCUUCCACGCCUCAUUUUUCUUCAGACACUUUUUGGACCCCCGCCCUUUCACACUCGACGGUUGGGCAGGUCAAUGAGAUUGAGCGUUGCUUUUAGGAGCCAGUGUUCCCACGCCGAGAGAGAUUACUCCAGGGAAACCCCUUUUCUUGUCCUGUGUUUAGACUGCUCAGGGGCGGAUGAUCGUGGCCGCACGUCUAAACAAACACUAUGAGUUACGGAGGAUAUUCCCAGGCCCCGCCAUACGGCCGCCAACCCGCGAAUCUCAACGCAUCAGACCCGAGAAGCAACCCAUAUGGGCCUCGUGGGGUUUCGCCCGGCGGGAACUCGGUGAGCAGGGAUCCGAGUCCUUACUCGAAUCCUUUUGAGGAUGGCGCCAACGUGGAAAUGCAGCCUCUAAACGACGGUCACAAUGGCGCAAGCAAUAGCCCGAUGGCUAUCCUUGACCAAUGCAGGUUCAUUGAUCAAGGUAUCGACGAAAUUGACCAGAAUCUCGCAUCGCUAUCCAACUUGCAGCGAGCUACCGUCUACGAUCCCAACUGGAGUCCCAGCCCAACGUCGGAAUCAAACCGCAGACUGGAAGCAUUGAACAAGAAGACCAUGGACCUUUACCGCCUCCUCGUCAGCCGGGUCCGGAAAAUAAAGUCACAACCUGCCUCGCAAGAACCUCGCAACUCGGCCCAAGUAGGCAGGGUUGAGCGUCGCCUGAAGAAGGCUAUUGAACAGUAUCGGGUGAUUGAGAGCGACUUCCGAAAGGAGAUGCAGCAGCAGAUGGAGCGACAGUAUCGCAUUGUCGCGCCGGAAGCCACGGACGCGGAAGUGCGAGAGGCUGUCCAAGACUCAAAUCAACAAGUCUUUAUGCAAGCACUCUAUGCGAGUGGCCGCCGUGGUCAGGCUCAAUCGGUCCUCAGCGAAGUAAAGCAUCGGCACGCAGCCAUUCAGCAGAUUGAGCAACAAGUCAUCGAACUUGCUCAGCUGUUCAAAGAGUUGGACGAGAUUGUUAUGUUGCAAGAUGCCUCAAUUCAACGUAUCGACGAACAAGGCGAGAUGGUCCGCGAAGAUGUGCAAAAGGCGACCGAGGAAUUGGGAGGUGCAGUGGAGAAGGCUCGAAGCGCGAGGCGAAAGAAAUGGUGGACAUUGUUGGUUGUCCUGCUCAUUCUCAUUGUUAUUGCCAUCAUUGUGGCCAUCGUCGUCAAGACAAUGACGCAUUAAUCAUAAUUCGCGACAGAAGUCUUCCGUUCCCCUAGGAUGCCUUUGGUGGGCAAUGGGUUUCGGUUUGGAAAUUCGUACUGCAUAUUUGGGCGACUAUUCUUUUUCUUUUCUUUCCACGCGCUGUUUCCCGUACACUUUGGAGGCGUUGACGGAAUAUUUGGUAGUUUCCUUAGAUUGAUUGUCAGUCUUUGGACUUGCAUGAGGCACUUGUUUUCCGUUUUGCCUGCGUUGCGCAUAUAAUACCAGUCUGCAUAAUCCUUUCGCUGUUUAUCAAGAGUUUUACUCUUUUCCAUGUCACUUUUCAUAUAAAUUGAGUAAAAUAUGGUUAAACCAAUCAAUAGCGGCAAUGCUGUGUCAUACUCUUAUCUAUUCAUGGGAGAAAAAAUGCGGCCAUCAUGUUUUUAUUUGAGGGAGACUAUUAGGGCUAAAAUAAAUGGAUAUCAAUUCAUGGUUA